GGGGAGCCGGGAGCCGGGAGCCAGCGCUGGAGGCGGCAGGGAGCUGGAACUCGCUGCCCAUCUUGGUGCUGACCUCCAAGGAGCGGGUGGUGAACCGCAGGGCUGCGGGGCUGAGCAUGGGAGCCGGGGCCAGCGCCGAGGAGAAGCAUUCCCGAGAGCUGGAGAAGAAGCUCAAGGAAGACGCUGAGAAGGAUGCCAGGACCGUCAAGCUGCUGCUGCUGGGAGCAGGGGAGUCGGGGAAGAGCACCAUCGUCAAGCAGAUGAAGAUCAUCCACCAGGACGGUUACUCGCUGGAGGAAUGCCUGGAGUUCAUUGCCAUCAUUUACAGCAACACUCUCCAGUCCAUGCUGGCCAUCGUGCGGGCCAUGACCACCCUCAACAUCCAGUAUGGAGACACGGCUCGCCAGGAUGAUGCCCGUAAGCUGCUGCACCUCUCGGACACCAUCGAGGAGGGGACCAUGCCCAAGGAGAUGUCAGAAAUCAUCGGACGGCUCUGGAAGGACUCGGGCAUCCAAGCCUGCUUUGACCGCGCCUCCGAGUACCAGCUCAAUGACUCUGCGGGCUACUACCUGUCAGACCUGGAGCGCCUGGUGACCCCCGGCUACGUCCCCACAGAGCAGGACGUGCUGCGUUCCCGUGUCAAGACAACUGGCAUCAUUGAGACACAGUUCUCCUUCAAAGACCUCAACUUCAGGAUGUUUGACGUGGGCGGACAGCGCUCAGAGAGGAAGAAGUGGAUCCACUGCUUUGAGGGUGUGACCUGCAUCAUCUUCAUCGCGGCUCUCAGUGCCUACGACAUGGUGCUAGUGGAGGAUGAUGAAGUGAACCGCAUGCAUGAGAGCCUGCACCUCUUCAACAGCAUCUGCAACCACCGCUACUUUGCCACCACCUCCAUCGUCCUAUUCCUCAACAAGAAGGACGUCUUCCUGGAGAAGAUCAAGAAGGCCCACCUCAGCAUCUGCUUCCCCGACUAUGACGGUCCCAACACCUACGACGAUGCGGGCAACUACAUCAAGCUGCAGUUCCUGGAGCUGAACAUGCGGCGGGACGUGAAGGAGAUCUACUCCCACAUGACCUGCGCCACCGAUACCGAGAACGUCAAGUUCGUCUUCGACGCCGUCACUGACAUCAUCAUCAAGGAGAACCUCAAGGACUGCGGGCUGUUCUGAGCCCCAGGCGAGCGUCCCCUCCCCUGGGGCCCAGCACUGCUGCUGACCCCAUCCCACCUCCACAACCAUCUCCGCUUGCUGCAGCCCCUGGGAUUUGACCUGCUCAGC